GGGAUACGUUUAAGCCCUGGUACCUUGAUAAUGCUACAAUGCCUGCAGCCAACAAGCAACCCUAGCUAAUGCCUCGAGAAAAAAAAGACCCGCCUCACUACGACCCUGGAAACAAUUCCAUGAACUCUUGUGGGUGCUGGUGCGGUGAAGGGUAGGGCCAGUGUCUGUGAGCAAUGAGCGUGGGACUGGGACGGUUCGAAGAACCACAAAGCUUGGGGUCUUCCUCCUCAUGCAGAAAGCUGUGCAGAGCUAAAAGCGUCAUCCACCACAUUCUUCCGUCUAUAGUCAUUCAUCACCGAUUUCUACUUUUUUUUUGGUAUUCCUUUACGACCAGACUGCCGCAUCAACCUGUAGAAAUUCGACAGAACUAGAUUCUGACAUUCCAUCGGUGCUCACCAACCACUUAUAAAGCUCUUUUGCUCGUUAAGGACUGUGAGUGGUGCGUCAACCCUCAAAAUCUCCACCUAUCUAAGAAAGCGCUGACCCCUCACCGCUCGCUGGAAAGCCUCAUUGGCAAGCCAGCGCCAUAGAUAUUCGAUCUGGCUGUUCAAGGUCCUCUAAGUCGCCCAUUGCGCGAAAGUUCUUUCGUUGCUUUUGCCGAUAACGCGGAAGCGUCUUCAUUGCUAAAUCGUUUUCCCGGAACACAAUCUUCUGAACUACUUGAACAACGACUUUCGGAUUUUGUUUCUAAGCUUCACAGCUACCAGCAGAGUUGGGAGGGAGAGGGAAGACGUCAAUGUCCCGGUCCUCGAGACCAAGAAGGGUUAGGGGAUCAGGACUCGAUGUCGCAGAGGCCUUCUGCGUCUCGUCCUGCAUCUCGCUCACCACCAGAAAGUCAAAAGAUUACUCUCCCACCUGUGCAGGUGCGAGAUGAUCCUCGACAUGGAGGGCGACAAGCAGACAGACAAUUAGAUCAGGGCAACCGAGGAUUACCACAACCUCAUCAUACACUACCUUCCCCUUCAUCACGGACUCCUCAGCCUGUAUCGGCCGGAGAGGAUUGGAAGUCCUCUGGGCCAUCGCGCGAUCUUGGCGUACAUUCAAUUUUGAACCCAACAGAACCUGAAAGCGCAUCAAAUUCUAGUCGCCGAUUGAGUGGUGGCACUACCGAUUCGCCACUGUCUACAAAAGCCGGACCGACUUCACACUUUUCUGCAAGUCCUUUGGUGUCAACUACUCAUCCUUACCCCAAUCGUCCUCCCAUCAGCACUUCGCCUUCCAUAGACAGUUUUAAUUCAAAUUUCCCAAGGGGCCCAGGCCGCAGAAUGCUAACACCCAGAUCACCUCGGCCUGCCAGUAUAGGCAGAGCGCCGGCUCAUGGGACUAUCAAUGCACAAGAGUCACCCUUUUUACCACCGAGAAGGCCGGAACAAGGGCAAACUCCAGUAUCAGAAAACCCUCCCUUAACAACACCAUCCGGGCAAAGUCACACCCAACAUUAUGGGUUUCCCUCUACAGGCACAACGCCAAUAGAACGACGAUCAGAUAAUUCUCAGAUGCAAGUUCCAGGACGUGUUCAACAUAGCGCUAGUCCCAGCAUCUCAGCAUCUUCACAAACACCGAGCCAGACUUCCCCCGCGUCCGGUUAUCCUUAUCAUCAAAGUGGGCAGAAUCCUCAGACAAGUGGGUCUUAUUUUCCAGGUUCCAGUUUUGGUUCUUCAGUGCAACAAGGGAGUGGAUUACAAUUACAAGCACCGCCUGCGGCAUCAGAAGGUCCGUACAAUGCUUCUCAGAUUGGUUCCUCACUCCACUCCACUCCAAGCUCGAGGCAGGCUUCUGCCUCGGAGCCCUACGGUGUCCUGACAAUAACCACGGCUCACGGCGUGGCUUAUCAUGUACCCGUGGACACGCACCAAGCGUCGCGUUUAGCUGACGAGAAGCGUGCGCGCAACGCAGGAGCAUCGGCGCGAUUCCGACAACGUAGAAAGGAAAAGGAGAAGGAGGCUUCAUCCAACAUCGAAAAACUCCAAUCGCAAACUAGAGACCUUGAACGAAGAGUGAGAGAAGCAGAAGGAGAGAGAGACUUUUACCGGGGAGAAAGGGAUCGAUUCAGGGAUAUGUUACUCCGAAAUCCUGGGACUAGAGAUAUGGCACUUCACGGGCCACCGAGUCCUCGUUCUAUGAGGCCAAUGUCUUAUCCUGGUCCUCCACCAAGUGCGCCAUCCAUGAGUUAUCAAGGUCCUGAUAACGGCGAAAGGCCACCAAGACGUCGGAGGACUGAUGCUCAAGGAGAAUUUAUGAGCGUACCAUACUCGCAUUCACCAGCGUCAACUCUACCACCUGUUCAAAGUGGAUUUCAGCCCGCUCAUGGGCAAGGGUUGCCUAGUCUGCCCCCUCUACGGAUUGAUAAUCUCUCGACUGGUACAGCCACAGGAGCAUCGACUCCGUCGCUAUCUGCUGGUCCUCCUUCAUUUGAUUCUUAUUCGCGAGGGCCUUACGAUCGAGCCUGGCCCAAACAAGAAAACGGUGGACGACGAUAACUUUUCUACUUAAUUUUACUAUAAUAUACUUGAUGGAAACAACAGCACUUCAAAUCUCUCCUAAAGUCUCCAAAUUCUACGAAUACGUUUUCCAAAUCUAAUCAAUAUUUCCAAAUAUACAAAUCUACCUCUUCUAUCUACAAUACUUACCUGAUUGUCACCUCCGACAUGUAUAUUUACGCCAUUUCAAACGACACUCUACUAUACAUACCAAUCGCAAGAUUUCUGCAAAAAGAACUGCAUACCCUCGGGCGACCGAACCUUCUUAUUUUGAUAUUUGCAUCUCUUUAUGUUAAUUAUACCCUCUGGCGGCUAAUUAUGUUCCUUACCUUCGUUUGUUUCUUUUGUAGAUGCGAGACAUUUCUUUUCUGGUGGGGGUGUGGACAACUAGUGGGAAUUGGUCAAAGCAUCGUUUAUUUUGAUACCAUUUUCAGCUGGGAAUUGGUAGGAGCGGUGUUAAUUUCGGAAGUGUUAUUUUAUUUGUUUGGGCAGUAGGGUGUGGGUAUCCCCAGAGACAAGGAGGGAAAUGUCUGGUGGGAGGAUUACGAAGCAUAUCAAUACACUUAAUAUCACACGGAAGCGAGGGUCGAGGCAAAAUUGGGGUCCGAGAAAUGUAAGAAAGGGACUAUGGGAGGAAGAGGGUUGUAUUUGCAAAUCAUAUUGCUUUUCCAGGGGUUGGGAGGUUGAUUUAUCAUAUACAAAAAACAUCAGAUUGUACAACGAUAUUGUGUAUAACCUCAAAUUUAGCACACCAGGGGAGUUAGGGGAGCCUUUAUUUGACCCUGGAACUACUACGUUCUGCGUAUAAUUUUAGUACAUAUAGGUAGUUUAAAUCAUUACUGCCAAAAUUAAUAACAACUUUGAUCUCUA